AUGUCGACCGAGAGCAAAAUCACCAACUGGGUCGAUCCCAAUGACAAAUCCGGAGAAUUCAAGCGCAAACCAUCCGCUUUUCGGAACUGGAUCUCGAGGGAAGCUGGAGCGCAGUUCCCGCCGGAAAAGGGCCGGUAUCAUCUUUACGUGUCCUAUGCAUGCCCUUGGGCGCAUCGGACGUUGAUUACUCGAAAGCUGAAGGGCCUAGAGGACUUUAUCUCUAUUACAUCCGUGCACUGGCAUAUGGGCGAGCAAGGAUGGCGGUUUGUGACUCCUGAUGAGAAACUUCCUGGCGAAACGCAUCCGGACCCAUUGCACAAUUUCUCGCAUAUCCGCCGGAUCUACUUUGAGUCGGAUAAGAAUUAUGAGGGUCGAUUUACGGUGCCAGCGUUGUAUGACAAGAAGACAAAGCGGAUCGUGAGCAAUGAGAGCUCCGAAAUCAUUCGCAUGUUCUACUCUGAAUUCGACAGUCUUCUACCGGAGAAAUACCGGAGUAUCGAUCUCUUCCCUCAAAAUCUGAGGAAGGACAUCGAGGAAACGAACGAGUGGGUAUAUGACACCGUAAACAACGGCGUCUACAAGUGCGGAUUCGCAACAACUCAAGAAGCCUACGAAGCAGCCAUCUGGCCCCUCUUCUCCUCCCUCGACCGCAUCGAAUCCCACCUUGCCUCGAAAUACGAUCCUUCAGACCCAUCCAGCAUCUACUUCUUCGGAAAUACCGUCACCGAAGCCGACAUACGCCUGUAUACCACAAUCAUCCGCUUCGACCCGGUUUAUGUGCAGCACUUCAAAUGCAACGUGCGAGACAUUCGCUCCGGGUACCCGGCUAUCCAUCGCUGGCUAAGACACUUGUACUGGGAUAUUCCGGCGUUCGGUGAGACGACAGACUUCGAGCAUAUCAGGAAACACUAUACCAAGAGUCAUAAGCAGAUCAAUCAGUUUGCGAUUACGCCGGUGGGGCCGGUGCCGGAUAUUCUGGGAAAGGAUGAGGAGGUUGGAGCUGUCCAGAAGAAGAUUUGA